UUUAAUUUUGUCCCAAAAAAAAUGGUCAGAGCACCUUAUUUUGAUGAAAAUGGAACAAAGAAAGGUGCAUGGAGUAUGGAAGAGGAUCAAAGGCUUAUUGCUUACAUUGAAAGGCAUGGUCAUCCUAAUUGGCGUCAACUUCCCAAAGUUGCCGGUUUGGCAAGAUGUGGAAAGAGUUGUAGGCUACGUUGGAUGAAUUACUUAAGGCCAAAUCUAAAACGAGGGAACUAUACACAAAAGGAGGAACAAAUGAUCAUGGAAUUGCACAAAAAGCAUGGAAAUAAAUGGUCUCUUAUUGCCGAAAGUCUACCCGGAAGAUCAGACAAUGAAAUAAAGAAUUACUGGCACAGUCACCUAAAGAAAAUCUCACGGCACAAUGAGACCAACCUUAUUAAAGAGAUUCAAAAGACAAAAACAACAAGUGAGGAUGUUAGUGAUGAUUCCAACCACAUUUUGGAAAGUUCAACUUCAAUGUCUUCUAGUCAUGUGGAAUUAAACAUGACCUUGUAUAGAAAAGAAGAUAGUGUUGCUUCUUGGGAAAUAUGGGAUGGAUUCAGCAACAAUUUUUGGACUGAACCAUUUAUUUCAGAAAAUGCAUUGGGUCAGGAUUACUCUCCCGUUUCAUGGUAUGGAUCAGAGGCAGAGGAUCCAUUUUUCAUAUGGUAG